AUGGAUUCGGAAAAUAAGAGUCCGGGUCGUGCUCCGGCAGAGGAUAAUGAAGAGACCAAAAAGUCGGAAACUUUUGCCGAAUCCAAGGUCGGCGAAAAUGGUUCUUUGGGAGAUAGUCACGGUGGUGAUUUACAUUUACUCCCUGAUGUUAAUGGAAAGGACACUGAACCAUCGUUUCCAGUAGGUUCAACUUCUCGCGAGACGAAACCAAAGAAAGGGUACGGAUUGAAGAAAUGGAGAAGGAUCAAGAGGGAUGUCACUAGAGGCAGGGACAGUAGCCCAGAAACUGGGAAAAUGAUGAUGCACGAGGUGUCGAACUUAGUUUCGAAUCCAAGCAAGCGAACUCAAGUUUAUGCUGAGAGGCAGCAAAAGUCUGAAGGCUCUGUUUCAUCCCCGAAUCCCGCGGUUCGUAAUUUUGGUGCUUUUGUGGGGGCUUCGGUUGAUAGUGUUGGGGUGGAUUCUGAGAAUGGUGAGGAUCACAGCAGCAUAUCAUCGACUGCAGCCAGUUUUCCAAACAUGAAAUACGAUAUGCCGCCUGUUUUGGGAUUUUCUCAAGAUAAGGACAAAAUGGGGAGUCUAGGAGGUAAUGGUCCGAGUCACUACUCUGGGCAACGUGGGCAGAAGGGGAUGGGCCAGGCCGAGGCUCCCAAGAACGCCAGAGGAGAGCGGGCGAAAAUCGAUAAGGAAAACUCGCGAUCAAGCGUGGAGUCCGAUUUGCGUAGCUCGAAUUUUGUUGUGUUUGCUCAGGCAAAUCACGUGAUAAGUAAUGGAGUACGAGGUGAAAAUGGUCAUGAGAUUCAGGAUGGUGAUGGGCCAUUUGGUAAUGAAGGAGGUUAUGAACCUUUGUCUCGGGACGCUGAAAAGGGAAGAGGUGAGAAUCACGGUUCCUCGUCCGAUCAGGAUCCUCUGCUUGAGUCUAUGUGUCAACUGCAGAAGGCACAGGAGGCACUAGAAGAAGAGGUGCUAAAGUUCAAGGAAAUAGGCAAAGAUGACGUUCACCCAGAUCUGGAAAACGAUAGCUAUGAGCAGUUCACAUGUAGCGAAGCUGUACUGGAUUUUUCUCCAGAAAUAGCAAAAGGAGAUCUUGAAACAGAACUCGAGGACCUAUUUAAGCAAAAGAUUGAAGCUGAAGUCGAGUACUUGACAAUAUCAAGAACAAUUCAAAAGCUGAGGAUUUGUGCCGUGGAUCAAAAUAUUGUUCCAGUAGACCAAAAGUUACCUGCCUCAGAGAUGACUGAAAACAAGCUUGGAGAUUUUUCUGAAGACAUUGCAAGCAUUGACCGAACAGUGAAGCUACAGAAAAAGGUGUGUAAGUACACGACGUGCUUUCUCGUGCAGUUAUCAUCGCUGUUUGUUAUCAUUGGAGUCUUUAUGUACAAGUUGUCGCCAAAUUAUUCGGAGGUUGUUCCGACUUAA